AAAAUUAAAAAAAAGUGAACCAAUUACGGACCGUCACGUGUCGGUGGAGACCCGCAAACAGUGAAAAAAACUCUCCCAAAUUCGAUCCUUGGCGACUUUCGGGACCGUUUUUGAACAUUUAUGUGAGGCCUACACCUUAAUUUUGUGCAAAAACCACUUUAAGAAACAUCGAUAUUCAUGAUGUUAGAAUUAAUGUUUAGUUGUACCAUCUAAACUGUUUUAUAAAUGCCAACAAAAUAAUUGUCUUAUAAAUAUCCAUGUCUAAAAGGUUUUACUUGCGUUAUGUUAAAGAUUUUAUAUGUUUUUUCACUGUAUAAUUAGUUAAUAAAUCUGUUUUUCCAAAACUCAGAAAUUGGAUCUUAUAGUUCUUUUUUUUUUGGUCAAAAGAUCUUAUAGUUCUUUUUGGACAAAAAUUUGAUCUUAUAGAUUUAAAACAUUAAUUAGUCCACGUUUGAACUUUCUGUAAAUGUUGAUGUAAAAAUACACCAAAGAGAAUGUGACACGUCAGUAAACUAAAGUUAUAGAAAAGGAAAUUAGGACUUUCUCUUUAUCUCCCACGUCGGAAAUUCAUAAAUUAAAUUAAAAAAAAAACCUAAAUUACCAAAAAAAAAACAAAAUCUCGAUUUUUCUUCAAAGUCCCAAUUUUUAUUUUCCUGCAUUGAUACGAGCAACUUCGAAGGCAGCACUUGCGAACUCUGGGUUUCUCUUCUGGGAUAAACGAAAUCGAUCCACGGCCUUUAAAACUUUCGUUGCCAUUGGUCAUAGCUUGAAUAAAGGAUCAGUGUGAAGAUUUGAUUUUUUUUUUCUGAAAAAAUGGAGUGGAGAGGAAUCAUCUGCACUCUCUUCUUCAUUCUUUCCAUUGGAGAGUCUUCUAGUAGGUUCAGGAUCAUGUGGCUUCCUAACCUCGGUGCUGGUGUUGAUUUUUCUGGAACAUACUUCACUUGGCCCAUCUUAAGUGCCAGCGUCUUCGUUACUGUCGCCAUCCUCAUCUCCAUGUAUCUCAUCUUUGAGCACCUAGCUUCUUAUAACCAGCCUGAGGAACAGAAGUUUCUUAUUGGACUUAUUCUCAUGGUCCCUGUCUAUGCCCUGGAAUCGUUUCUGUCUUUGCUGAACUCAGAAGCAGCUUUUAACUGCGAGGUGAUUCGAGAUUGUUAUGAAGCUUUUGCACUCUACUGCUUUGAGAGAUACAUGAUAGCUUGCCUAGAUGGAGAAGACCGUACGAUUGAAUUCAUGGAGCAACAGACAGUGAUCACCCAGACCACUCCUCUUCUCGAAGGCACAUGUUCUUAUAAAGUUGUGGAGCAUCCUUUCCCAAUGAACUGCUUCCUUAAAGACUGGAACCUUGGUCCUCAGUUUUAUCACGCUGUCAAAAUUGGCAUCGUUCAAUAUAUGAUACUGAAGAUGAUCUGUGCUCUAUUAGCAAUGCUCCUUGAAGCCUUUGGAGUUUAUGGAGAAGGCAAGUUCCAAUGGAACUACGGGUAUCCAUAUCUGGCUGUCGUCCUGAACUUCAGCCAAACAUGGGCACUGUAUUGCCUUGUGCAGUUCUACAACGUCAUCAAAGACAAGCUAGCACCCAUCAAACCAUUAGCCAAGUUCUUAACCUUCAAGUCUAUUGUAUUCCUCACCUGGUGGCAAGGCAUCAUCGUCGCGUUCCUCUUCUCCAUGGGGAUUUUCAAAGGGUCAUUAGCUAAGGAGCUCAAAACGCGUAUACAAGACUACAUCAUCUGCAUCGAGAUGGGUGUUGCCGCUGUGGUUCAUCUCUACGUCUUCCCAGCGGCUCCCUACAAGCGCGGGGAGAGAUGCGUCCGCAACGUAGCGGUGAUGUCGGAUUACGCUUCUAUAGACACGCCUCCUGAUCCGGAAGAGGUUAAGGACAGCGAGAGGACGACUAGGGUGAGGUACGGGAGGUAUGAUGAUGAGAGGGAGAAGCGGUUGAAUUUUCCUCAAAGCGUGCGGGAUGUGGUGGUGGGGAGCGGCGAGAUCAUUGCGGAUGACAUGAGGUUCACUGUUUCUCACGUGGUGGAGCCGGUGGAGAGAGGGAUAGCGAAGAUUAACAGGACGUUCCAUCAGAUAUCUGAAAACGUGAAGAGGUUUGAGCAGAAGAAGAGGAGGACUAAAGAUGAUUCGUAUGUGAUUCCGCUGAACCCGUGGACGAAAGAGUUCUCUGAGGUUCAUGAGGAUCUUCAUGAAGGAGGGAGUGUGAGUGAUAGCGGUUUGGGGAGUACGAAGCGGCGUCAACAGUCUAGAGUCUCGGGACUGUGGAGUAGAAUGCGAAGGUGAGGACGAAAGAGUUCUUGUCUACUUGACCAUUUGGACAAAGAAACUGUAUAUGUUUAUGAGAUGAUGAUGCUAAUGUGAUGGUUUUACUUUAUACAGAGGUAACAAACAGAUUGCUACUAACUAAGUUUUCUCUACUCUUAAUACAAACUUUAUGGAGAAGUUAGAAUCUGUAUUUCGCUUAUGACAGAUGUUUACAUUAAAAAAGAUUUUAAAAAAAUUGUUGUGGUUAAAGAA